AUUGCAACACACAAAGCUUAACAAUAGCAUUCAAAAAUAUUUACAACAGUAAAUGAAUAAACUUCAGUGAAAAAAACCAUCAUGAAAUACUUGCUGAACUAGAGAUUAUUUUACAGUACAUAUUCCUGGUCUCCCCUUCCCGCCUGAGUGUUGGUAAAUCCUUACUCCUCUCAGUGGCGGGGGGGGGGGGGGGCUCCGGGUCGCUCAGUAACCAUGGAAACCAUGGCCUUGGAGGUGGUCACUAAUCCCAAGGAGAUUGCUGGGAUCUACAAAGAGCUGAGCAAAUUCCCAUCUUUGUCAAAAGCCUGCAUUGGACCAGAGGUUGUUUCCCAGUAUGGGGGUAAACACUGCAACAUUUAUACAGAAUGGUCUCAGAGAGAUCUGGAGCGAGCCGAGCGGGUGAAAUUCUGCCGACAGUAUAUCAUGUUUUACGAUGAAGAUUCCAUUGUGUAUACGGGCCCCUCUGGAAACUGCACAGAGCUACAGGGCGAGCUAUUGAGCAGAGAGUCUCCCUCUGGAUUUUUAAAGGUUGUUCUCCGGGACCACACCAACAAAAGGGGAGAGGAGAAGCAAUUUCUGGAGAUCUGGAACAAAAACUCCAAGGAGAAGAGUAUAAACCUGACUGCACUUGACAAACAUGGCAAGGUGUAUGAAGACGAUCAUUUUGGCUGCCUUGUGUGGUCUCAUUCUGAGACUCAUAUUCUGUAUGUUGCUGAAAAGAAAAAACCCAAAGCAGAAUCUUUCUUCCAAACUAAACCAGAGCUCGGUGUGAAUGAAGAGGAAGAAGACAGCAUCAAGCCAGAGAAACAGGAGAAGCCUGUGAAAGGGGAUGAGUUUGUGUAUUGGGAGGACUGGGGAGAAACCCUGGUGAAGAAGACCACUCCUGUGCUGUGUGUGCUAGAUAUCGAGAGUAACAACAUCUCUGUGCUGGAGGGAAUUCCUGAACACAUUUCUCCUGGACAGGCAUUUUGGGCUCCCAAUGACACUGGAAUCAUAUUUGUUGGAUGGAAUCAUGAGCUUCAACGGUUAGGUCUCGCAUACUGCACCAAUAGAAAGUCUGGACUGUACUAUGUGGAUCUGACAGGUGGUAACUGUGUACAACUUUCAUCUCAAACAAAUGCUGUUUGGUCUCCUCGGCUCAGUCCUGACAAGUGUCGCAUUGUCUACUUAGAAGGUGAUGCAGGUGGACCCCACCAACAGUGUAGCAGACUUUGUAUGUAUGACUGGUACACAAAGGUGACCUCUACUGUGGUGGACAUUGUAACUCGACCAAAUAAUGAUGGAUUUACUGGCAUUUACUCUUCGGCACUGGCACAGAACUGCUGGGCUAUGGACAGCCAACGGGUCCUCGUCGAUACAGCUCAAAGAAGCAGAAAGGACCUCCUCGUAAUAAAUAUUACAACAGGGAAUGUGACCUCACUUACCAGUGGUUCAGGUGCUGGGAGCUGGGCGCUGCUGGCUGUUCACCAAGAUCUGAUGGUAGUUACAUGCUCAUCCCCGAACUGUCCACCCACUCUGAAAGUGGGCUUUCUGCCUGCUGCAGGCAAAGAGCAAGGAAUCACUUGGGUGGCACUAGAUGAAGCUGAACCAUUGCCAGGCAUAGAGUGGAAAAUCCUGACUUUCACACCGCCAUGUGAACAGCAGAACCCUAAAUUCCGUGAGAUGGAUUUUGAAGGUAUCCUAUUGCUGCCGGGAGAGAAGAAGGAAAGUGUUUCGCCUCCAUUAGUUGUUUGGCCACAUGGUGGACCACAUUCAAUUUUCACAGCAGAAUGGAUGUUGUAUCCUAGCACACUCUGCAGGCUGGGAUUCGCUGUGCUACUCGUAAAUUACAGAGGCUCCACUGGCUUUGGACAGGACAGUAUCUACUCUCUGCCUGGAAAUGUAGGAAGCCAAGAUGUAAAAGAUGUGCAGUUUUCAGUAGAACAUGUGCUGGAUGAAAGAUUAGCUGAUGCUUCGAAGGCCUUCAUAAUUGGUGGCUCACAUGGAGGUUUUAUUGCUAGUCAUCUGGUUGGACUGUAUCCUGAAUUUUACAAGGCCUGUGUGGCCAGAAACCCAGUCAUUAAUAUUGCUUCUAUGCUAGGAACAACAGAUAUCCCAGAUUGGUGUACAGUGGAGGCUGGAUUUGAGUACACAGCUGAUCAGCUUCCAACUCCUCCAUUGUUGGAAGCAAUGUUGAACAAAUCACCAAUCGCAUAUGCUUCUCAAGUAAAAUCUCCAGUGUUGAUCAUGCUAGGUGAAAAAGACAAACGCGUUCCUCCCACUCAAGGCCUUGAGUUCUAUCGAGCACUGAAAACCAGAGGGGUUCCUGUAAGAUUAUUAUGGUACCCUGAUAACAACCACUCGCUAUCCAAAGUAGAUACAGAGGCCGACGGAUUCAUGAAUAUUGCACUCUGGCUUGUAAAACACCUUUAAUCCUGAUUCUUUUCAAGAAGACAGUCAUUGUGAUAUGGUGCAAGGUGAAUUACAGGAGCUGUCGUUGAUGAUGUGAUAGAUACGUGGCAGCAAUCAAGAGUCAAUGAGAUCCAAAACCCAGAUGGUUACCUCAAGCAGCAUAGAGACAUGUUUUGUACAUUCCAUCGCAGCCCUUUGUAGCCACAGUAUAUAGAUGUGUUUCACACUGAACCAGUUCAAACUAGCCAGAGUUUCAACAAUGCAUCAGCAUCACUUUUAUUUAGAGGAAGGAUUUGCUGGUACACCCGUCAGUUUUACUGUAGGCAGCAAAUGGCUACUUCAGUUGUUGCCAGUCAUUUUCUGAUAGUCCAUCCUAUUCUGCAAUGUGUUUUACUAUAUGAUAUAAUCCACAUAUAAUUAAUUUAUUUCCUGGUCAUUUUCCAGAAUUAACUUAUGAUGCUACAUUACAAUUUGCAUCAUGCCAUGUAGUUUUGGGUAACUAUUCAUUGCAUCAUUUAAUGAUACCACCUUUGCAAGAUCUUCAAUUCCCCUGCUGCACCAUAGUAAAAAGAAAGAUCCAAACUCUCCUUUUUAAGAAGAUUUAUAAAGUGUAUGUAAUAAUGAAUAAAUAACUGACAAUUCAAUGUUGGGAUUCUAAUUCUCUGUUAUAUGCUCAUGCGAUGUUUCUACAAUUUGUGAACUUAGAGAUCUUGUUUGCACGUUAAUAGUAACCCAUUGUCCUCUCUCUUUCUGUCAGGCUACAUGUUACUUUCCAAUAAGCCCUCAUAGGCGGCACCACAAAUUCCUUAAAAAAAUUGCUGUUCUAAUGCUCUCUGUUUUACAGUAAAAACCUAAUCAGCCUGAGGAACACAACAGCUCAGAAAUAAUGCACCUUUUUUGUCACUGGUUCUAAACUGGAAAAAAAAAUUGAUCUACAUUUUAUACAUUGACUGCUGCUUGAAAGAUGGUUUCUUGACUUGCAUUGUCAGACAAAAAUCUACUUAAAAGUUUCAAUAUCAUUGUGGCUGACAAACUUCAUUAUUCUGACUGUAAUUUAAUCUCUGGAUUCAGAUGACGCUCAUAAACCACUUAAGCUCUACUCUUGGUUCUUAUACUGUCAUUUCAAUCCCCGGAUAGGAAUACAGCUACAUAAUUCCUCCCAGCAAUCUAUUAUUCUCUAACUGUUCUCUGAAAGUGAAUGAUGUGACUGGCCACUAAUCUGGGAAUUAACUCUUGUCAGGCAAGGUAUUACUGGAUUGAUAACACGUUGCCUGGACAGAUGCAUAACCCGUUUAUAACUCAUGAAGCUUCUGUGCACAGAAUGAAAUAUGCAGGUGAAAAUCUUUUCAUAUGGUGCAGAAGUGUGCCUUGGUGACUUCUACAACUUGUGACUGUGAAUAAAUCCAGAAGUUUUUACGCACUGCCCACUACUGUGUCACAAAGCACACUGAGAUGAAAGAAUUAUUCAAAUGUAUUCUUAGAAUUAAUUUUCUACACUGAAGUGAAGGAAGUACACAUAUCACAAAAUUUUAUUAAAUAAAUGUUGGGAAAAGAGAGACUGCAGAAAUCUUUGGAUACAAAUGUGAAGCAAAACACCGUGGGUGGAGAGGGGCCUUCUUAUCUCAACUCUUUUACGAACCGAAUGCUAGAACAAAGAUUGCUGCACUUAAAAAGUCUAGUUUUAGGAAAAUUGUGCUGAUGUGAUUGGGUAAGAAUUAGUGCAGCUGAGACUGCUAGAAGAUUAUUUAAAUCUACUAGUUAAUUGAUUUUUUAAAAAUCGCUAGUGCUUACAGCUGGUCAUUUCACAUUUAAACCUCUGGUUAAACAAAUGUAAUUCACAACUACAACUGAUCUCAGUGCCGCAGAAUAAAUGAAGUAAAACUUA